UCGAGCAUCGCAAGCAUGGAGAGCCCGCACGAACAUCAGCAGAGCCUUCUGCUCUCCCGCAUCAUUGUCAACGUGGAGAAGCUCAACGAGGCUAUCAUGAUGUUGAACAAGAAUCUGCAAGAAAUCAAUCUCGCCAACAUGGACACAGAGCUUGCGUCACAAAUGUUCAAGAACUACCAGUCUAAUGUGCUCUUCCACCUCGAAGCUACCAAUGGACUGAAAGAUCCAGCGUAAGGACGUGGGUUUUUGGGCGUGUCGAGUUGGGUUCGUAUCGUGACGAGACUGUCAGAGAGCGAACGGAGGCUGGAUGAGCUCGGGAAACAGCAAACAGUGGUGGAGGCCUUCGGGCUGUCUCAUACACUAUGACAAGGCGUGAACACCGCCGGGGUCUAUUUCGCUGUAUGGAAAUGGGCCUCAAUCUUGGUGCAUUGGGAAGGACAGCAUAAGCACUGUUUUUUUAUCAACGAGGAGCACGGGAACGAGACGCUAGACAUGUCAGCAUGAAUCACGAGCAGAAUGAUGAU